AUGUUGUAUACUCACGCAACUAUCAUCACGGUUGAUGCAGCUCGACACAUUAUUGAAGACGGCGCUAUCUAUGUCGAUAAGGACACCAUUGCGGAUAUUGGUAAAACCGAUUGUCUACUUGCACGGUACCCUCUUGAAAGACAGUAUAGUCUUAAUGGUUGCAUUGUGGUUCCAGGACUGGUUUCCACGCACGUCCAUACCGUCCAGGCAAUACUACGGGGCACAGCUGAUGGUCUACAUAAGGGGACAUGGCUCUCAGAACGAAUCCAACCACUCCAGAAAAGCAUGACCAACGGAGAGGCUCAGGCAUCUGUGAAAUUGGCCGUCGCGGAGAUGCUGAAGUCUGGGACUACUUGUUUCUUGGAAUGUCUAUUCUUUCGCUCCCAUGAAUUCGAUGGACUAUGUCAGACUGUGCAGGACAGUGGGAUUCGAGCCUGCCUAGGCCGCGUUUCGGUGGAAGGUCGACCGCCUGCCGGACAGAUCCCUCCUGGUGAUGGAAUGCUUCCAGAAAGCUUGAAGUUAUGGCAUAAAUGGAACGGGAUGGCAAAUGACCGCAUCCGAGUAUGGUUUGCGGCGGGCAAUCCAGAUUUCGUCGUUGAAACCCAGAUGCAAAAGCUGAGCACCGCUGCACAUUCAUACGGCAUCCCAGUGACUAUGCAUCUUGCCGAAUGUAAAGGCGAUGCCCAUUAUUUCUCCUCUAUAGGCCACACCGCUGGAUCGUACGCUCAGGCAGUCGGCCUGUUGUCCCCGUCAACUGUCUUUGCUCACGCGGUUUAUAUCAAUAAGACUUCUGACGUGCCGUUGCUUUCGUCGUCUGGGGCUCACAUCUCUCACUGCCCGACGUCAAACUCCAAACUUGCUUCGGGAAUUUGCCCAGUCCCCGAUUUAUUGGCGGCAGGGCUCAAUGUCAGUCUUGGCACCGAUGGGAAUCCCUGCAAUAAUACGUCCGACAUGUUCCAGGAAAUGAAAUGGACUGCUAUGGUGCAUAACACACCGGGUGAAGCUGCUAGGAUCCCUGCAGAAACAGUACUGGAGAUGGCCACAAUCAAUGGGGCCAAAGCGUUGGGGUUACAUCAUCUCAUUGGCAGUCUAGAGAUCGGAAAAAGAGCAGACUUCGUGGCUCUCAAUGUACAGAAGACGGCAUUACAGCCAUGUGUGAACCCCGUCAGCAACGUUGUAUAUGCGGCGACGGGGCGAGAUGUACAUGUUGUAGUAGUUGAUGGUCGUAUAGUGGUGGAGGGCGGGAAGCUACUGACUAUGGACGAAGAGGAAAUCAUCAAGGCUGCAAACCAAGCAAUAUGUGGGUUAUUGCAGAGGACUGGAUUACAGGACAAAGUUAAGAGUCAUUGGCCAACGAGGUAG